UACAGAUGUAUAUGUAUAUUAGAUUCUGUUUUGUUUUUCAGUUCGCUGCAUCUAAAGUCGAGUGAGAGAGACAGGUGUUAUAUAUUAAUACUUACUGUUUUACGGAUUAAGUGUUUCCAAACAAUAUGUCUCGGCCAAGAGUACUUUUUGUUUGUUUCAUCAUUAACUUUAUUCAUUUUACUAGAGGACAAUUAUUUCUACAGUGUGCGUGUAAAAUGGAUGUUCAAAAACUUUCUGCUGACUGCUCUGGACUGGGUCUGACAAAUAUAUCCGAAAUAUUUAAUUGUGUGCCUAACAACACUAGGGAACUUAACCUAUUCAAUAACAGUAUAAGUGAUAUUCUACCUGGAAUAUUUGGAAGAUUUUCUUCAUUACAAUCAUUAAGACUGGAUUAUAAUAGAAUUGGAUACCUAAACAGUGGAGUUUUCAGUGGAUUGACACAGCUUGGGAAUUUGUCAUUAAAUCACAAUAACCUAAAUGGUAGUGAGUCUUACGCAGACGAUGUGUUUAAACCAUUACGCAAUCUCCGGCGGUUGUAUCUGCAAGGCAACUGUAAUGUUCAUACGUCUGUCUGUUCGUAUCCAGACAAAGCUGUGUCAGUUGCUACCAGUCUGCAAUAUCUUCAUCUAGAUGGUAUACCAAAUGUAGAUUUUGGGACAGGAUUUUCAAAGUUGAGAAAUCUGGAAACAUUGUAUAUAAAUGAUGAGAAUGGUUUUUGUAAUUUGCCAGUUCUAACGGAAAAUACUUUUGAACCAUUCAGACAAACUCCUCUAUAUUACCUGCAUUUGGACGGGUGCAGUAUCGAAAAAUUCGCGCCAAACGUCUUCCGGGGCUUGCUUAACCUGUCGACCUUGAUUAUUGAAGACAACCGGCACUUAUGUUCUGUAGAAAACGCUACAGUUGGGCUAAAUGAAACAAAUAUAGAAACUAUCCGGUUCAAUAACUGGUGUAGGCAGCACUCUGAUUUCAUACGACUGGCAGAAGGUAUGUUUAAAGGUCUCACAAAUACUUCAUUGAAAACCCUGGACUUGGGCUGGAAUAAAAUCAAUUACAUACACCCCAGGUGUGUAGAUAAUCUCCCAAAAUCUCUUCAGUAUAUUUCAUUGAAAGAAAACAAACUUGACUCUGGGAACUUUCUUAAGUACUUAAGAAGACUUAACCGUUUAGAAGUGUUCGACGUAAGCUAUCAAUACCACAAUAGAAUGGGCAUAGCUGCGUUUCGGAACAGAAAGCUGCAGGCAAAUUCUUUAUUACAAAUCUUGAAGAACACAGUAGGAGAUGAUAAACCCGUGUAUCUACCGGAAAAUGUAAGAACCAUCUUUAUGAAUAAUAUAAAGUUAGAGUACCCGGUGCCGUCUUUAAUAUUUGGACCAAACAGAUUACAACAUCUGGAUGCAUCCUGCUGUAUGCUUAUAGCAUUUCUAGGGCCUUGGUAUGGUCUAAAAGAUCUACAGUUUUUUAACCUCUCUUUCAAUAGAUUCUCCUAUUUUAGUCCUAACACUUUUGUUGAUAUGGGGAAUCUGAAGACCCUCCUUUUACAAAAUACUCAGAUAGGUGAAUCUUUGAACAGGGACCACGAAGGGCUAACAUUUUCAAGUCAGAAGAAACUGGAAGUACUGGAUCUUAGAAGUAAUGCGAUAAAAGAUCUGCCUUAUAAGCUAUUUCACAACCUAACAAAUUUACAAAGUCUGUCGUUAGCCGAAAACUCAGUGAAGAAUAUCAGUUUCUUGUUGAGACCAUUGACUAAACUAAGGAAAUUAGAUUUGUCUAAUAACUCAGUAGAGUACAUUUCAAGUGAGAACAUGCUUGCCCUUGAUCAAAUUGCAUCUACUGGAAAGAUUGACCUGGAUUUAUCAGGAAAUAUUUUAUCUUGCAUGUGUAAUAAUCAAGAUUUCGUCAACUGGCUGGCAACUACUAAGGUAAACAUUAUUCAAAAAGACAAACUUUAUUGUUUGUAUAUAAAUGAGACUUUAGUAAGUUUGUCGGGACUUGAAUUUAUACGAGAUCAAUUGAAAUAUGAAUGCACUUCAUGGAUUGUGAUGACGUCAUGUGUGACAGGUUUCAUAGGUUUGUUACUUGUGCUAUCUCUUGUGGCAUUGCUUUAUCAUAAACGGUGGCAACUGCGUUACCUUUGGUACAUAGGCAGGGUAAAAAUCGAUCCGUAUCAUCAUCCGGACGAUCAAGAACAAGCUCUACUGGAAAUAGACGCUUACAUUUCAUAUGAACAACACUAUGACGUCACAGAUGAUAUCACAUUACACAAAGCAAUUACAGACAAAAUAUAUCCGUUCUUCGAAGAAAGGGGCUAUACCUUAAAAAUACGUGAACAAUUUGAUGGUUAUGAUAAACUGUACCGUGUAAUUCCAGAAACAAUUAGAAAAAGUCGCAAAGUUGUUGUAUUGUUGACGCCAUCAUAUUGCAAAGAGUACUGGAACACUUUUGAGUUUAAUAUAGCUGCAUAUGAGGGUAUCUACUCAAAACGGAAUGUGAUUCUGCCAGUUGUAAUUGGUGACCUUUCCAAAAUAUAUAUGACACCAGAGAUACGGUCUUUCAUACGCUCAAAAGUCAAAUCUAAAGACGUACUUUGUUUUCCGUCUUCGGAAAAUUAUCACCGUACUAUAGAUGCAUUUAAUGAACAAUUGGAGCAAUGGCUUUGCCUUAGACAUUAAACAGCGCUUUUUAUAUUGUAUUAAAAUCUUGUAGCAAGGUAGCAAAAUUUUCAUUAACUGCCUUGUUUCAUUGCUACGCUGUCAUAGCAGGUUGACUGUCAGUCAUAUUUUCAUAAUACACCAACAUACAUUAUCGUUACAAAAAGUAACAAUUUAUCACCAAUGAACCACCAAAUUCGUCAAAACAAAAACUGGUGGGUUAGCUCUUUUUUUUUCCUUGCUGCAAAUAUCAUAAUCGUUUUUAAUUCAUGUUACAUAACAGAUUUUUUAUUAGCCUUCCAUCUAACAGCGAGUAUUUUAUCAAAGCAGUUGAAAUCUCAUACUCACAUGUAUACAACUUAAAUAAAAUGAUACACACAUUUUGCUUUUAACUGCAUGGACACCCACAGUCUCCAACUCAACCCAAUCCAUCCAGGGAAGUUAGGCGAGUGUCUUAGCUGCUAGCGCCAGCACAACCCUCUUGAUUUUUUUACAAAUUCACUCGGUACUAUAACCAGUUAUAAGAACAGAUAGAAAUAUAAGAAUAGAUAAAAAUAAAAGCAACGAAAUCAUUAUUUUUGUAUUAAUUAAUUACGGACAUACAAAAACGUUCAAGUGCCUCUGUCACACAUUAAAAGUUUGACGCAAAAUAGAAGGAAUUUGGCUGCACUUCAGUAUACUAUUCAAAAAGGAUUUUUAAAUUUUGUGAAUGAGCCACACACUUGAUUUGAAUGUCGGAAAUAUAACAAGGAAAAUCGUUCUUCUAACAUCCUGAUUUCAAAUGUAAUUAUAUAUGAUAUUAAGUGCCUAAGAGUGUUCAGGCCACUGUACGUGUAGAUCUAACUCAUUGAAUUGUAUAAGGAAAUCUACUUAUUUGUAGGAUACGAUCUCUCGUUGGACCAGUUUCCGAACAUUAUUUCUAGUUAUUCAUAGCUGUAAUAU